CUAAUUUCCAUCCCUCUUUGUUAUAAUCAAUGUGAAUUAAUCUGAUAAUAAAUUUAAAAUAAUUUUCCAUAUAAUACUAGUCUAAUGUAUCAUCUAAUAUAAAAUUAAUUUUUCAUUAAUUGCAUACGUGUAUAAAGUAUUAUUAAGUAAUUGUAUCAAUAUGCAAUCAUCUCAAACUGGCAUGGUUGGUCAACCGAGUUUCAAUGUAGGACCUGGUUUACAAUCAAAUAUACAAACUCAGGUUCCUGGCCAACACAAUGUAUUAGUACCACAAGUUCCUCUUAACCAAACUCCUGUAGGUUCAGUUUCUCAGCCGCCAGUUCCACCUUCUAACCAAAAUCAGUCUGCGUCUGGCCAUCAAUUUAAUACUGCAUCUUUAUGCCGCUUUGGACAAGAAACUGUACAAGAGAUAGUAUCCCGUACACAUGAAGUGUUUCAGAUACUAAAGGUUUUGAUGCCACCCAAUGGUACUCCUACUGGAGCUAAUAUGAGCAAUGAAAGACGUAUUAAAAUGCAAGAUCAGUUAAGAAAUAUAAAAUUAUUAUUCAAAAGACUAAGAAUUAUAUAUGAAAAAUGUAAUGAUAGCUGUCAAUUACAAGGCAUGGAAUAUAUGCACAUGGAAGGAUUAAUUCCACUUCAAGAAGAAUGGGAUAUGAAAUCUGAAGAAAGAAAAACUAGUGAAACUUAUCGUAUUGCUAGUGAUGAAAUGAAAGAUGUAGCUGAACAGCUAAGUAAUAAAAAUAGACAUUUAAAAGAAAUAAUUGAUCAUCUUCGUAGAAUUAUUUGGGAAAUAAAUACUAUGUUAGCUAUGAGGCGAUCUUAGUAUAAACUACUAUAUUGAUUUAAAAUUGUAAAAAGUUUUUAAUAAAACAAACUUUUUAAUACUUUUAAAUUUUGCUUACUUAUAGGUAUUGAAAAUAUAAAAUUGUUAGGAAUUUUACAUAUAAUAAACAACAUGUACAAUAUUCUUUCAAUUUUUUAUAUUAAGUAAUAUUGAAUACUAAUAAUUUACUCAACAUAUUUGAUAUAUUUUGUCUUAUUUUAAUAGUUAUCAAUUUUAAAUAUAUUUUAAAUUUUAUUUGUUUUUUACAAAUAAUUAUUUUAUUUAUCUUGAAAAAUAGAGAGUAAAGAAAAUAUUUGUUUGUAUAUUGUGUAACUAAUAACUUAAAGUAUAACCCAAAUUGUGCUUUGACAUAUGUCAUUUUUAAAAAGUUUAAUUUUAUCUCUUAAAAAACUGUUUCUCUAAUACUUAAUUAAUUAAUAGGUAUGUGUUAUGAAUUAUGUCUGCUGUGAUUAUUUUCAAUUAAUGUUCAAUUAAGAGUGCCAAUUAUUUAAAUGUGAAGAUAGGACCAAAAAAAAAACUCUUUGUCACCUUUCUUUAUAAUAUACCACUAAGACAAAUAGUUUGAAAAAGAAUUUGUGUAAUAAUAUUUUUAUUAUUAAUAGUUCCUUCAGUAUAUGAAACUAAUAAAAGAACAAAACAACUUUAAAGUUUAAAAUGUUUAAGGACGUAAGACAAACCAAAACAAGGCUAGCUGAUUGGUAACCCUACACUCAAAUGAGAAAUUAAGCAGAUGUACAAUGUACAUGUUAUGUAUAUUAUUAUUUUUAUAAUUUAAUAAUUGUAUGGUCAAUACAUGCAUACAUACUAUACAUUUAUUGGUUUUCUAAGAUUAAAAAUAACUUUUAAAUCUUUAAUUUUAGUAUUUAUUCUGGGGUAUUUACAAUCUAUUUAGUUAAAUCUUUAUAGGUAUAUACAGGGGGUUAGAGGUUAAAUCAUUUACCUUACACUGAACAGUGCUGACCUCUGAAAAUUAUCUAUUUCAAAUAUCACUUUAUUUAUAAUCAUAAUAAUAUUGUUCUAAUAGUACGCAAAUUGCAACCCAUGUAGCUGUGUGGUUUUCUUAGGAUACGUGUUGUUAUCGAGGAAAAUCAAGAUGGUACCAAUUAUUCAUAGCUAAACACAUUGUUAUUGGUUUAAAAACACUCAGACAUAUUUUAUCAUUAUUGAACCUAAUACUAUAGAUUCUUUGAACUAUAAUGAGACAAUUGACCUGUUUACAGAAAAAAAAAUG